AUGGCUCAUGAGACAGCAUCGGCCGUGCGGGGCCCGACACAAGGCACAGACGUGACCAAGGAGGCUACAGAGGCAUCUUUGAACGGAUUUCUGGGAAACCCCCGAUGGUGGCCCGAAGAAACUGAAUGUCUCAGUUUUUCAGACAGUUCAGAUGGGCUACGUAAGGUUCACAGGAAGUGCGCGGUCCGACAAGUUUCAAGGGAACGCGUCCAAGCUCUCAGGGACUUCCUCGCUCGAGCUUUCUUUGAAACUGUCACCACAAGGGAAUCAAAGGAAGGCAUUGCAGGCAAUGGAAAAGAAGGGCCCCAGUUGCCUCAGUCAGCAGAUGACACAAGGCUGCGUUGGCUAAGAGAUGUGCCCCCCUGUUUCGCUCCCUUUACACGCUUCAACUGUAAUGUCACACUUGUGGGACAGAGAUUGUUUGGCUCGCAAAUGGGCGUCUCAGUCCUCUGUAGCGGCACAGUGACUGUUGAAGGUAGUGACACGGCGCAUCUUUUGACACAUACUAAGGCUGGUGAGCUCGUUUACGCCCGACAUGUCAUGCUCACUACCACGAACUGCUUGUCUGAUAAGCCUGCGCACCAGUGCCAGCCCUUUUCCUAUGGCUUUCUGGUGGUCAAUCUAAGUUGCCUACCCCCUAUGAUUCGUGAUCUAGUUCUCUCCGAGACUCUUCCAUUUGGUGGUAUACUUGACCGUUGUGCAGUCAGCAGAUCCGUUGAAACUGAUAGGCAGCUGCACAUUCAUCUGGAUAGCCACUUUUUCGGGUCAGAUGACAAUGUGGCGCAGUUUAGAUUGGAAUGCGAAGAAACGCCACUCGAGUCGAGUGGCCCUUACGUGCAGCAGCCACUGCUAAAGUGCCAAUGCAACACUUUACCGCCGGGCACUGUCUGCACUUUCGGCCGACUGACAACUGUGUGGACCUACGGGCAGGCGGCAGCCCGUGUCGUUGAAAUUUUAAACGAAAGAGUUGUGCUCCCUGCCCUAUUUAGAGCGGAGGCAGAGCAAGAACGGCAUAGUGGACAUGCUGAGUUGUCAUCUCAGUGCCCAGAGAAUGCAGAUGGUGUGAUGGACGCGUUUCAGUCACGAAGAGCUUUUCUUGCGGGCCGAUGCCUUCAGUCGGUGGCUCACUGUCCCCUCCAUUUUAGAGUCCUCCCGAAGCCCCACGUGACAAAGAGUGAUUUGAUGCAUUUGAAGAGAGGGGAUGAGGGAUGCUGCCUGUGUGGCAGCAAGAGUUGUUCUACGGAAUUCCACGCAGCCUUCACGGAGGACCUCAGAUAA